CCGCUAUCUAUCCAUAUCCCAUUCCGACUCACGAAUAUCAUCAUGCUACGAGCAUAGCUCCAUACUGUCAUUCUCCUCUUUCUCAAUGCCACUGCUAGAUUGAAUCUUCUCCCUGCCUAGACUCGUUCAUCCACCGAUUGAAUCAUUGGACCCUCCUACCGCGCAGCUUCCCCCAACAGGCCAGAUAGUCGCUUCUGACCGCACCAGGAGCACAAUCGAUCGACACCCGGCAGGGUCUGCCAGAUGCAGACAUGGGUCGACCCAGCUGGACAAUAGCCUCGUGGCUGGCACUGCUCUGCGCGACUCCCUCCGCCUGGGCCAGCAAGAAGGUGUUCAACAUCAAUGAUGAUCUACUCGCCUCCCCUCAGUUCCAAAUCUUCUUCCCGAACGAAUACAUCCCCGCCACGGAGGCUGAGGACUUACUGCAGUCCCAACACCGCCCGGCCACCUCAGCCGUGAGCGGCCUUCAACAGAACCGCGCCCAAGUGCACCUGAGUAAUGAUGCGCAUGAUCGCCAACCACGCGCCCAUGCGAACGAAGACGAAGCAGAACCAGGCCCCGCCUACGAGGAUAUGAUUCUGGGCGGGUCCCGCUAUCUCUGUCGGAUCCCGCAUGUCGAGCCCGAAGACUUCAGCCACCCGAAUGGCUCGGCGGAGGAGAGCGAGGCGGAGCAGCAGAAGGAGCUGGCAAGGGCCACAGACCGAGGCAUGGAACUUCUACGCGAGAUGGAGGGCAAGUGCUUGUACUACGUGUCCGGGUGGUGGUCUUACUCCUUCUGCUACCAGAAGCAGGUGAAGCAGUUCCAUGCUCUCCCUUCGGGGAGUGGUGUUCCCAGCUAUCCCCCCAUGGAGGACCCCACGACGCUCUCGUUUAUCCUGGGCCGGUUUCCCCGGCCGGACGACGACGGCGAUGAUACGGAGCCGGAGCGCAAGAGGAAGAAGAAGACGACGGCAGAUGUCGCCAGGCUGCAGACGAAAGGGGGCUCGCGGUAUCUGGUGCAGCGGCUCGAGGGCGGGACCCAAUGCGAUCUGACCGGGAAGCCGCGCAAGGUCGAGGUGCAAUUCCACUGCCACCCGCAGUCCACCGACCGGAUCGGCUGGAUCAAGGAAAUCACCACGUGCUCGUACCUGAUGGUUAUCUACACGCCGCGUCUCUGCAACGAUGUCGCCUUUCUGCCGCCCGAGCAGGACGAGGUGCAUCCGAUCGAUUGCCGGGAGGUCCUCGAGGCGGACGAGAUCCCCGAGUGGGAAUCCCGACGGGACACGCACCUGGCGCAGCAGCUGCUUGACGCCACCGAGCAGCCUGAGUUUGCUACCGUCGGGGACAUCGAGGUCGGUGCGCAGAAGCUGGUCGGAUCGGAGGGCAAGAAGAUCGAGAAGGGUCGUGUUGCGUCGGUGGGCGAAGAACGGGUCGAGAUCGUGGCUAAGCGCGAGGGCGGCGAGGUACAGCAGCUGUCCCGGGAGCACUUGAAGAAGUACGAUCUGGACCAGGAAAAGCUGGAGACGCUGAAGAAGCGACUGGAGGAUCUGGCGCAGGGCAAGGAUUGGACGUUGGAGGUAGUCACGGCUAAUGGAGAGCGCGGACUCCGGGGGAUUGUGGAUACGGACGAGGAUGAGGAGGUGGAGGAGGAGGAAGAAUCCAAGGGAAAGCCUUAUCACGAGGCCGAGAAGGCUGGCAGUCAUAAGCCAGCCCCGCCAGAGAAGGAGGGUCAUGGCCAGGUCCCGGUCGAGGAGAAGGGCCAUAGCAAGGACAAGGCCCCGGUCGAGGAGAAGACUCGGGACAGCCCUGGGGACCCUCUCCCCGACUCUGGGUCAUCGGAGGAGAAAGAAACGGCAGAACCGGGCAGUGAGGAAGAGUUCAAACAGGAUCAGCGGAAGAAGAUUAAGGAUGAGCUCUAAGCUGUUGAUUUUUGGUCCAUUUACAGUUAUGGUUAUCUAUCAUUUGUUCCAUCGUUCUAUAUCCGGGUUGGUUGUGGAUGGUUCUGCAUGAAUUGUAUAUUAGUUUAGGAAGAAACGUCCAAAGUUCCUUUGACCUUUCUUUCUCUAUUUCUCUAUUUCUCUAUUUCUC